UACAACUCCAAGAUAAAAUGUCAAAGGUGAAGGGGUGUUGAAAAAUUCAUAUAAAAUUUCCGUACUUUCUCAGUUUUCUUCUAAUCAAGCAAAUUUUUAGCGACAAUAGUAUGCUCCAUCGAUAGAAGAGGAGUAGAAUAACAUACUAAGAUUUUAAUUACGGACUGACACACUUUAGCAGGGAGGAAAAAACACUCAACCAUGACAUCAAAGCUUGCUGAUCCCUUCAAAUUCCAAGGUGCUGGCGUAAACUUUAAAGGCAAGUUGAUAGGUGUAGAUGAUGUAUCUAAUGCUAGAGGUGACCUUAUGUGCCAAGACUCUAUGGCCAAGUUGAAGCAGUCAGUGAAGAUCAGGGGAGAACAUAAACAGAAGCUCACAAUAAAUGUAUCACUGGAGGGAAUUAAGAUUGCUGAUGAGGCCACGGGGUCAAUGCUGCACACACAUGAGGUUUCAAAAAUCUCCUUCAUCUCCAGGGAUAUGACAGAUGCGCGAGCGUUUGGCUAUGUCUAUGAGAAGGGCCCCGAUAAGAAAUAUCAAUUUAUUGCAAUAAAAACACAACAAGCUGCUGAAAAUCUGGUGCUUACAUUACAAGAACUUUUCCAAACGAUAUUUGAAUUAAAAAAGAAGAAAGCUGAAGAGGAAGGUGGUGAAAGUAAGGAAGAUGAAUCACACUACCAGGACCAGAAUGAUGAUGGUGGGUUGACCAUAGUAAGUGGAACUACUACAGCUGUUGAUACAACAGAAGCUCCAGAGAAACCAGUCAGAGUUGAAGAACCCGCUACAGGGGGACUUAUUGGAGUUGAUGACAUUACACAGGGAGUACAAAAGACAUCAUUUGCGGAAACAUUUGAUGCCUUUAGCCCAAGUGCUGCAGCUCCAGCCGCAGCCGCUGCAGACCCAUGGGGAGGAAGUGCAACUCAACAACAGCCUGCUCAGAAUGAUCCAUUCACUACAGCUCUGGCUCCACCCCCUGCUGCAAACAAACCUGCUGCCACCGCCCAGAACGAUCCAUUCACAGUGAACGUUGCAGCUCCAGCAGCUGCAGCCAGCGAUCCUUUCAACACCCAACCAGCAGCUACAAACAUAGCCAGUGCUCUUGGUGGUGAUCCAUUUGCUAUCAACAAUGCACCUCAGCCUGCAGCAACCAAUGGAUUUGGGGCAAGCUUUGAUUCUGCAUUUGGAGCACCUGCCCCAGUCACAGCUGCUCAACAAAGUGGUGCACCACCAGGCUUGUUUGAUAGUAAUCCUCUCUUGCCUGUUGGAGGAGAGAAAGCCCCCGCAGAGCCCAAGAAAGAAGAUGGUUUCGGUGGUCUUGUUAGCUUGGAUUUGUCAAACCCUGGAGUAAAGAAUGAUCCAUUUGCAGCAAAGGCUCCGCCAAAAAGAUCCAUGAAUGAAAUGAAAUCGGAAACAGCCCCUCCACUAGAUCUUGGUGCUACAGACCCGUUUGGUCUGGGUUCGUUGGGUGGUCAAUCUAUGGCUCCACCAGCUGCCCCACAGGUGAACCCAGCUGCUCCCUUUGCUGGGGCCUUUGAUGCCCCUGCUCCAGCUCCCAUGGGUGGAAUGGGAGGAGGCUUUGGCCAACCAAUGCAACAACGACAACCACAAAUGUUUGGAAACAAUGUGAGUGGUGAAGAUAGCUUCACUGAAUUAAGUUUGCGAGAAUCCCUUCCUGAAUCUAGCAAUGAAAGCACAACAGAACAAUCAAAAUCUGAUCAGCACUUACACAGUGAUUUAGCCAAUGAUUCUAUGAUAAGUUCUAAAUCUGAUGCUCCAAGUUCUAUAUGGAGUGACACAUCUGUCCCAUGUGGCAGCCAGAGUAAUGUCUCAGACAGUGACUUUGCCUCAUUUGCAUCCUUUGAUUCCCCUUCACAUAGCAGUGACAAUUCAAAUACAGCUACUCCCAAACUCAAGAGCAUUCUAAGAAAAUCUGAAGAGCGAAGUGUUCAUAGUAGUUUGGGAGAUAUAGUUGAGGAUGAUUUCAUUGCCCCACCCAGUGCACCUCCCCCUCCUCUUCCCCCAGAUAUAACAGACAAACCCCCAGUUCCUCCACCAAGGCCACCGAGUAGAGGAACAGUGCCACGGCCUGGAAGUGCUCUGUCGUGGGCAUCUAUUGAUAUUUCACUUGAUAAUCCCCCACCUCCCCCUCCUCCUCGCCCAAGAGCACAUUCAAGUAUGAGUCAACCUGGUAAACUUGAGUUCCCUUCAGGCGCACCCCCUGCAUUACCUCCAAGACCCCCUAGUGCAGCCGCAAACCCAAACGCUUCAUCUCAAACUCUUAAAUUGCCUGCACGUACAGCACUAACUGAUACUAAACAAGACCCAUUCAAUAAAAAUAAACAAAAGCCAGUGUAUAAUCGUUCUAAAACCAUCGAAGAUCCAUUCUCAGAUCCUUUUUUCACUGCCCCUAAACCAAAAGCAGUCUCCCUAAAGAGGGAGUCAUCCAGGAAGGAGAAAAAACAUAAGAGAUCUGGAUCAAAGGACAAUUAUUCAAGCUGGGACCCAUUCCCAGAAGUCAAAUUAAAGAGUGGAAAAGACCCAUUCGCAACUAACAGAGGUUGUCGGACCCCUGACCCAUUUUUACCAUUGACAAUUGCUAGUGAUCCCUUUGCAGUAAAUGAACCACAAUCCCCAGAACCAGUAGAACAUGCCCCUACAGCUAAACCUGAAGAAUCUCAGCCUUUUGAAGCAUUUGCCUCAUUUCCAGAAGACACUACUAAACCUGUAAUCACAGACCAAAUUAAAAGUGAGAGCCAAAAGGGUGAAAUCUCCGACCCAUUUAAAACAAAUUGGGCUGAAUUCCCUUCAUCUAAUCUCAAAGAAUCUCAGUCUAUUAAAGCAUUUGCCACAUUUUCAGCAGACAUUAAAAAACCUGAUCAAAUUGACAAUGCUAGUCCAAAAGAUGUAACAAAUGUACCUAGAGUUCCCAAAGAUCUUAAUAAAAAGAAUGUUAUCACAGGUAUAAGUGUCCCAAGACCAAGGAGUAAAACCCCUGAUCCUUUUAAUGACAGUUUCUCUAAAUUAUCAAAAGAGUCCACUCCCAUGGAAAAGGCCCCAGGUGUUGAUGUAAAUAAUGUGGUACAGAGUGAUAAAACUGCAGACCCAUUUGCAACCACAAGUCCAGAGAAAGGAGUCAGCAGUUUUAGCACAGACUUUGAUCCAUUUGGACUAAUGACAAAAACUAAAUCUACUGUUAUUAAUGACCCUUUUGGAAGCAAUUUGAACCCACCAUCAAGUGAUAAGUUUGAUGCAUUUGGAGUUAAUACAUCCAGAUCUGAUCUAGAUCCCUUUCAAGUUCCUCAACAAGCUGAUUCUUUUACUACUGUUUUGAAAAGCCAAUCUCCAAUACAGUGUGUGCAACUUGCUGAAGCUUCAUUAGGAGAAAGUGAUAAUGAUUCCAUGGAAAAAGUGGACCCCUUCAAGUCAACACAAACACAAAGUGGUUCAGCAAGUUCUCUUAACAACCUUGCUGUAUUCCCUGACAAUCCUGACAUAAGUGAUCCAGUACAAAUGGAAUUUGAAGCAGACACAAGUCAGCCAUUUGUUGAGCUUCCCACGCAAUCUAGUGAAAAGAGUAUAGAGGAUUGGCAGGGAUCAUCUCAGACUGAUACGGUUGAUCCUUUCCAUAUUUCCAAAGACAUAUCUAGUAUAUAUUCAGUGGACUCUGACUCCACUAGCCCUAGACUGGAGAGAUUGAGAAAGGAGUCUACUAGAUCGCAUACUCCAGAAAUAAUAGACAUACUCAAAAGUGAAUCUCGGAACUUAAAUAAUUUGAAUAGAACCACAGACUCAGUCGGUAGUGUUGACAGGAAGUCAGAUAUAUCUGUAGGUUCAGGAAAUAUACAGACUGACAUUGGGCAAACACCUAAAAACCCUGGAAAUGAAGAUCUGUUUAGUUCAAGCAAUGAUUUGGUAGAAGUUUCUAGAGACAAUUAUAGCUCAAAGAAAAUGGCUGCUAUUCAUAGACAUACACCCAUAGGUAUUUUAGAGGAUGUAGCUGACCCAUUUGAUACAUCACAUGUUGUUAAUGAUCCUUUUAUAAAAGUGCAGUCUAGUGAGAUCAACUCUAGUAAACCACCAAUAAGUGGAACACAAGAUAUUAAAUUAAGUAGUGAAGGAGGUUUAAACAGUGAAGAUAUAAGUAAUCCUGACUCUGAUCAAAAGCAUUUGGGGAACACUCAGUCUGAAUCACCUCAUUCUACUGUUGCGAAACCUACUGAAAUGGACAAUUUUGCAAAUUUCAGUUUUGAUUCAACAUCUAAGUCUGGUGUGAUAGAUGACCCAUUUGUUGUGUCAAGAGAUAUUGAUAUUCAAUUAAGGACUGCCCCUGAUGGUCAGGAUAGGCUCUCAGACACUGGAUAUGAUUUACACCAAAAUCUUGCAACAAUACCUGCAACUGUAACUGCACCCACUAAUGCCAUUAAGGACAACUCUGACACCAUGCAAGAUGAUCCCUUUGUAGUUAAGCACUCCAUUGAAACCUCCACUCUCUCUAAUACCAUGCCUCAGACUGAUUUGUUCAGCACUACCCAAUCACAACCUGAUUCAUUUAACACUGCAGCCAAUCAAAAUGCGCCAUUUAGCAUGUCAGCCAAUGAGAAAGCAUCAUUAACUACACCAACCAAUCAGAAUGUUUUACAAGAUUCUGGACGACAUAGCGCUGAUCCCUUUACCACAGGUGGUAUAGAUGGCAGCAUGCAUCAGCAGCAACAGAGCCUUGGGAACCCAUUUUAAUGGAACCUUCACAUAAUGACUGAAUCCCCAUAUGCUGUGGUCAACCGAGGGAAGAUUGUGGGAUAACUCCAAAUCAGAUAUCACAGCAUACAUAGAUUAAAACAUAUUAACUCUAUAAUCAAUCGUAGCUAGACAAGAUGGAAAGAAUAUAUACAAACUAAACAAGAGGGUGACCUUUAUAAUGAAUCUUAGUAGAAAUAAACCAGUGGACCUCCAGGAUACAUAUAUACUUUUGGAUAUGCCUUGAAGAAGGAAUUCAGAAGUUGGGACUAAUAUUAAACUGGCCAUAAUAUCUCUAUGGGACUGUGCAACGCAAAUAGAUACACGAACCAUAGAUAUUCAUUUGAUACUCAUUGGCCCAGAAAGUAAAUGGAAAUUUUAAGGUUUGUCAACCUUAGGGUCUUGUUGGUAUGAUCAUAUCUCAAAAAUGUCAUCAAUUCAAAAAUAAUUUAUGAAUGCUUGUGUAUGAAUUAUGAGCUAUGACUUGAUCGAAAAUUCUGUACUAAACACAAAGACAGCUCCAUGUAACUGGGUGAUGAUAUUAGAUGUUUGGGCUAGAUGCAAUAGUCAUAUUGUACAUAUUUUUUGUGAUAAGAACAAAAAUUUAUUGAGCAUUUUAAGUUUUCACAUGAUUUUACUAUUGCAUGAUAACAUUAGGGGGAUAUUAGAGUUAUCAUAAAAAAUCAGAAAUAUCCAAUCUUUUCAAAACUGUUACUCAAAUAAGCUGCCAAACCAAAGAGUAAUCAGACAUAAAUAACAUUAAAUUGCUAUUAAACAUAUCUUUCAUUAUAAUGAUGCUUUAUCAAUUGAAUCUAAAACCUAUGUAAUUGCUCAUUUUCAUAGGACAGUUGUGGAUAACAGAUUAGAUAUU